CAUUUUUCGUGCAUAAUUCCUUCGUCAUCGUGGCGGAGUUUGUUUCCAUCGUGUUUUCAAAAUUACAUGCUCAUUAAAGGGUCCCGAGGUUUGUUUCGUGGAAAAUGUUGUAAUCCGAAGGGGUUGUUUGCAGAGGAAAUCAUCCAUACCUGCUAGUAACGAAGACCAAAGAGCACGAAGAAAACCAGAUACCGAAGAUCAACUGGUAGCAGCCACACACAGAGUUGUUGCAGAAUCCCAUCCACUGUAAACGAAAAGUCCAGAUAGGUGUGUCCGUCUGUGUGUUUGUUGGUAGCAAUCCUCCACUCCCGAGUUCCCCGACCCCUCACAGUACACGAUGCCGUUGAAGCAACGAAACGCAGUUCUAGAGCUGCAUUCACCGACGGAGGACCAACUGGUAUCGCCCGGGAGUGGUUCGGUGGUGACCGAGUUCGGCUCGAUCACUGAGGAUGGCGCGGUGGUGGCGCCAAGGGGUGACGACGGUGAAGCUGGACCGCCGCGAACCGAUCCGGAUAAGGUGAAGAUGAAGAAGUCGCUCGGGCUGCUCGAGGGUGUUGCCAUCAUCCUCGGUAUCAUUCUGGGCUCGGGGAUCUUCAUCUCACCGAAGGGUGUCCUGCAGGAGGUCGGCUCGGUGGGGACGUCGCUCGUGAUCUGGGUCCUGUGUGGCGUGCUUUCGAUGAUCGGUGCCCUCUGCUACGCCGAGCUGGGAACGGCAAUUCCCAAGUCUGGCGGUGACUAUGCGUACAUCUACGAGGCUUACGGGCCGCUGCCGGCGUUUCUCUACCUCUGGGAUGCGACGGUGAUCUUUGUUCCGAGUACGAACGCGAUCAUGAGCCUCACGUUCGCGAGCUACGUGUUUCAGCCGCUGUUUGCCGCCGGCUGCUCCGUACCGACGAUCGGGCUACAGCUCUUUGCCGCCGUCACCAUCUGCGCCCUGACGUACAUCAACGCGUACGAUGUGCGUGUCACGACCAAGAUGCAGAACGUGUUCAUGUUCACCAAGAUCGGCGCACUGGUGCUGGUGAUUGUGGUCGGCGUCGUGUGGAUGGCGGUGGCCGAGGGCGGCAUGGACAACUUCGAGAACGCGUUCGACGGCACCGAAACCGAUCCGGGCAAGAUUUCGGUCGCAUUCUACUCCGGUAUCUUUUCGUACGCCGGCUGGAACUACCUCAACUUUAUGACCGAGGAAUUGCGCGAUCCGUACAAGAACCUUCCGAGGGCGAUUUACAUUUCGCUGCCCCUGGUGACGGCCAUCUACGUGCUGGCCAAUAUGGCGUACGUGGCCGUCCUGACGCCACAGGCAAUUUUGGCCUCCGAUGCUAUCGCCGUGACGUUCGCCCAGCGCGCCAUGGGUGUCGGUUCGUUCCUGAUGCCCAUCCUGGUCGCCAUUGCCGCGUUUGGAGGGCUCUCGGUGCACAUUAUGACCUCGUCGCGCAUGUGCUUCGUGGGCGCCCGUAACGGCCACAUGCCCGAGAUACUGUCCCAUAUCAAUGUGAACCGCUUCACGCCGAUGCCGUCGCUGGUGUUUCUGUGCAUAUUGUCGCUGUUGUAUCUGUUUAUCAGCGACGUGUACGUGCUGAUCACCUACAGCAGUAUCGUGGAGUCGUUCUUCAUCAUGCUCUCGGUCAGUGCCGUCCUGUACUUCCGGUACACCCGGCCCGACAUCCACCGGCCGAUCCGGGUGCCGCUCUGGGUUCCGGUAGUGUUCGUCAUCAUCUGCGCCUUCUUGCUGGUCGUGCCAUGCUACGUAGCGCCGUACGAGGUCGGUAUGGGCGUCGCACUGACGCUGGCCGGCAUCCCGUUCUACUACAUUGGCGUCGCGUGGCAGAACAAACCGAAGGCGUUCACCGACUGGCUGGCGCGGGUCACGCAGUUCUGCCAGAAAAUGUUCAUGACCGCCAAGGAGGAGGUGGAUGUGGAUGAGUAGAGAAAGGGACAGAUAGAUCACCGGCGAGCGGCAGCCAGACUGUUGAAACGAUCGACAAUAGCGGGUUUCACGAUUUUCACCUACAUCAUGACAUUCUUUUAGUCUGUUUUCGUUUCGUCCUUUUGAUUAUGUUAACGUCGUAAAGGUUGUGUCCUCGAGAAAGUAAUCUUAAAUUGUAAUGUAGUUCGGUUUCAAAUCAACUCUUGCUUUUAGAAUAUCCUCCGAGAUCUGGUUGAGUUACUUAUAGAAAUAGGUAGUACUUUUUAAUUAUUCUAAGGCUAUAUAAUACUUUUACAAAUGGACCUUUGGUUCUCGGAUUCAUCAUCCCUCUGGAGCUCUCAGAUUUUGUCAAUCUCUCGUACCAGAAGCUCAACUAACAAUCUCUUUUCAAGAACAUUGCGAACGACAAUAAACAGAAUCAUAUUGAGCAACCUCUCUGAACGCAAUAGAAUGCAUUUU